AAGAGCUUAAGCACGGCCGCGCAAGGAGCGCUUUGCGAAACUCGCCAACCCAAGAAUCCGAUAAAUCUGUUUUUGAAUGCCUCGAGUGGUCGCUGUCAAUUGCGAUUUUAAGUUACCGGUGUGCUGGACGGGCACCUCCGACGCCGACUGACAGACGACCCUCAACGCCCCCGUCUUUAUAAAAAGGUGCCGCCGGCUCGGUUUCCUACGACUGCGCAACCAUUCUACCUCAGAUCACUUAUGAGGAAUAUAGAAAGAGAGACAGUCGGUACAACUUUGACAAUCACUUGAGACCAAUUCUGCGCUACGAGUGAAGGGGGUCAGAGCGAAGCGAUAUCCGACACUGGCGACCGAUUAAUUUACGAGAGGGUGAACUAGCCUCCAUUUUCAACACAACAAUCAUUUCUCUCCCUUCGAAGCAAGUAAGGUCGCGCUAUAUACACCAAACGCUCAUUAUUUUCAUUCUGUAUCUACUCCGCCACUCGUUCCCCCGCCUUUCCUUGGUCCUGACAUGACCGUCACGGUUUUGGAAACCCCUAAGAUUAAAACGAAGCGUCGCGUACCUCUGAAGUCUAUUGAUAUGGCAACGUCCCAGGCGCAGGCGCGUCCUGCGUCUUCUGCCGCGCCUGGCAGAAAGGGGACAAGGUCAAGUACGCGAUUGAGUUUGAGCAGCGUGGAGAAGAGCGAAGAGAAAACAGCAUCUACCAAGAGAAAACAAGACGCUGUCGAUGAAGAAGAUGAGGGGUUCCAAUUCACUCGCAUUACGACUAAAAAAUCAAAACCGACAGUGGAGUCUAUCCCGGAGAUCCCUCAACUAGAGAUGCCCGCCGCAAAACCGUCACCGAGGAGGGGCCGGCCACCCAAGAAACGUCCGGCUGAGAAAUCGGAGAAUGCGAUAGCGUCGAAGAAGUCAUCGGAGAGUUCGAACAGGCAAACGAGAGCGACUGCGAAACCUUCUUUACCUGAGCCAGUAACACAACCGGCGAGCAUCACGCGCACAACACGCACAACAUGCAGGCAGGACAAUGGUGAAACGGCACCGGUGGAAAAGAAGCGGAAGAAAGGCAGACCGAGUAAAUCCCAUGAUGAUCAACGGAAUGGCUUUGUUUCACCCGAACCGCAACAGGCUGGGACGUCGAAGAUUACCUUGCCUAUGGCAGACACGCCGGUCAUACAGCGGAACAAGGAAUUGAGGGGUGCGGCCAAGUCAGGGAAAGGGAACAGACGGAGUAGUCUGGGGAUGCGGGGACGAAGGGCCAGCUCGCUAAUUGACUCCGGGGCGUCUAAUGCAUUGCCUCAUGAUCAAGUUGACACUGCAGAAUUCUAUAAACACAUUGCAAGCGACUUACCGGAACCGCGGAGGAUGAGGCAGCUCUUGAUUUGGUGCGCGACUCGGGCAAUGAGCGAUAAACGAGGGCGCUCGGAGGAUGCGAGCGCUCGUCUAGCGGCGCGUGUGAUCCAGGAAGAAUUGCUCAAAGAUUUCUCUACUAAUUCCCAGCUUUCAAACUGGUUCGAGCGAGAAGAUGUGAAUCCGCCAGCUGUCGUGGUUAAGAAGCCAAAUCCGAAGAAUAUUCAAAACGCAGAUAAGAUUAAGGAAUUAGAGGAGCAAAUACAAAGGCUACAACGAGAGAGGCACGCUCUCAACGCACUUCUUCGACCACCUUCCAUUCCACAGAUCAAACCAUCGAAACAGCAGGAUACCGCACCGGAGGGCCAACAAGAACCUCCGCAAUCCGGCUCCGAAUCUAAACCUCGGUCAGAUCCUGAACCGAUUGACUUAUCUUUAUUAGACCCUUCCCAGCAGAGGAUCUACGAAUCGAUCCACCCAGGGAAAUCAGAUACUGAGACUCAGGCAGCGUCUUCAUCAGAACUCAGCUUACCACCAAUAACACCAACGGCUAUAUCCGCAAGGCUUUCCCGAAUAACCCGUGGUCUAGCGCCGACUCUCGACUCAUUGGCGGCCGGCAUCCACGAUAUCGAACUUUACCGAACCAUGUCAGACACCGUAUCGUCGCGAGUAUUGCGCAUCUGCGCCGAGCGAUUGGAGGAACGUGAUGCGAGGAAUGCAAUGCGUCGACUUGCAGUAGAGGAGGGCGAGGGCGAGGGCGAGAGCAAGGACCUCACCCUGCGGCCACGGCCGAAGGAAGACCUUGGUCUGAUUCUCGGGGCAUUAAGUCGGAUAGAGAGGUGAUGGGGACAUAAAAAUGUUCAAUGGGGGUGGAUGAACGUCUCCUUUCUUUGUUAUCUAUUCCAUUUGUAUCCGGCCGGGUUACAGUGGCCGGAGUUGUUGGGUUCAUUCAUUGGCGGCAUACAAGCAAUGGAGUUGGGGUGUUCUGGGCGAUACUUGACGUGGAUAUGGUGGCUAUGGCUAUGAUCGGACAGCAAUUCACUUUGACACUUUACAAGGGACUAGAAUUCAUUUUCCUUCGAGGAUCUCUUAUCUAAUCAGGAUGCCACUGUAAACAUUCUUAUGACAGACAUCAAAAUCAUUGUACACUGAUUG